UUGACGCAUAGGCAACAGGUUGUUUCGCACUGACAGUUUGGCGUGGGCUGUCCAUCCCUGCUCUCAAAGGAGUUUUUAAUUGAGACCAAACCAAGAAAAGGUUUCAAAAUUGCUUUGACCCUCGUUAAAGUUACCCGGUAUUACGGACGCUUUCACUAAACAGCGAGGCAGAGAAACACCUGUUGCUUUGUGUCUAGUGGACGGGCAGGAAGAAAGAUGCCGUGAUCCAGGAAUGCCUGGAAUCUGGUGUAUGGGAGGAAGACAAUGACUAACUUUGAGUAGCUAAUCGGACCUAAUGCUUCAAAGGGGACGCUGACAGUUAUAAUGUAACCAGACCCCGUUACUCCAGAAAGCCAGAAUGAGUUCACUCUCAGCAGACAGGAAGACCCCUCUGGACUAUGGUGUCCAGAUCCGCUUCAUCAAAGAUCUGGAUGACGCCGGUGGGGGGCUCCCAGACAGGAGUCGACUGGCCAGUGGAGUUGUCAGCAAUGGAACUUCUUCACCCUCUAAGUAUGGAGUAGCCGUACGGGUGCAAGGAAUUUCUGGACAGCCGUACGUGGUGCUCCAGGAUGGAGAAAAGGGAGACUCUUACGGGGUACAGCUGAAGACCCAACAGACCCAGAGCUCGACCCCAAUUGUCUCUCGGACCUCUCCAUACAGCAGCUUGUUUCCAGAAUUAAGGGAAGGUGCUCGAACUCCCCAAGAUCUCACAGCUAGUUCUCCGGAUGAGGAAUUUGGGAGUCCUUUUAAGAGGCCACCUGGUGAUGGACAAGCGGGGAACCAAGGAGAGGGUGAGGCCAGGACUACCGAACGUCUCACCCCUUCUACACCAGCUCCAAAGGUGGAGAGCAAAGACUAUGAUUAUUACAAUGAAGCGGGGCUUAGGAAGGUCAAGCAGAAUGGGAUCGGUGGUAUUCUGAACGGGACGGGGCUAAAUGGAUCAUUGGAUAAAGAACCAGCACAAGCUAUUGACACCAAGUCAUUGGCUCCCAUUAAUAAACUCAUCAGCCGGUUCGGCGGCGGUGGUUCUAGUGACGCUCCCACUUCAGAGGCACAAUCUCGGCCUCGCUUUGACAACCGGGUGUCUCCCAGUGUGGAUGCGCUAAAUAAACCCAAUGAUGAACAACCCCCUCCACCGACUUCGCCAACUAUAAAUCCCUAUGCUCCUAUUACAUCCUCUUCAGUGCCCAAACUCAGCUCAUCUAAACCUUUAGCCGGCAGUCUGGGGCGAGAGCCAACAUCUGUCACUAAAGUGACCGCCAUCCCCAAUUCCAAACCUUCCGCCUUUAUCCAAUCACCGAAGCUGUUUGUUCCUAAGGAGGCGGCACCUGCUGUACCAAAGAAACCAGUGACCCCUGACCUCAUAAAGAGCCAGCCUUCGAGUACAGAAAUCGCAAAUGGAGAUGAUGCGCAGACCAAACAAGCCAUUUACAACAUUCUUAAAGAAGGGUCUGUUGAGAGUGAGACGGCCAUAAAACGCAAAGUGAGCCUCGUUCACGAGAGGUUCUGUGGUUUGAAGGGUCCUCAGAUCCUAGUGACCGACAGCAAUAUAAAGACAGAAUUGGAACAGGCUUUGAACAAGAACACACAGCUUCAACAGAUGCUGGACAAGAGCAAAAGAGAACUGAUGGAAGUUCAGGACCAAUUGGUGGAGCUGAGGAUGGACAGAGAGAAGGCGGAGGCUCGCUUACGGCAGCAGGAGGAUCAGUUAGCUCAGCUUCAGGAAGAGCUCAGGAGGACGUCACCCCAGUCGGACACAUUGCAACUAGAUUUGAUGACAGUGCAGGCAGAUCUGUCCGAGUCUCUGAUGCUGAGACAGAAACUGGAGGACACUCUGAGACAGAGAGAGCGAGAGCUCACCGCUCUGAAAGGAGCCCUGAAGGAUGAGGUGGAGUCACAUGAUAAAGAGAUGGAGGCCCUGAGGGAGCAGUACAGCCAAGACAUGGUUGCGUUACGUCAGAGCAUGGAGACCGUCUCACAGUCUCAGCUGGAGAUCGAGGAAGAACGUGAGAAGGUAAACGCCUCCAUCUUGGCUCUGGAGGAGGAGCUGGAGAGUUACAAAGAUCAGAGCGACCACUGGAAAGAUAAGUUCAGUUCUGCUAACCAAGAGCGAGGGCAGCGCAGCGCACUUCAGAAACUACUGCAAGCUCAGCAAGACAAAAAGCAACUUGAAGAGAAACUGCACGCCGUCAAAAAACAAGCAGAUGAAACCGAUUCAAACCCUUUCACAGAGGUGCUGCGGCGCUGCCAAGAUGAUUUGAAAAACGCCCGUUCAGAUCUGGACAGACAGAAAGCGGAGAUGAUGAAAAAGGGGGAGGAGCUCAAAUCAGUGACAAGAGCCAAUGAGGAGCGAGAAACGGAACUACAGAUGGAGAUCGACAGACUGAAAGACCAAUCAAAGAAAGACAAAGAACUCGCGAAAGCUUUGGAGAAGACGUCGCAGACCUCCACUUCUGAGUCGUCUAAGGAUAUCGGAAGCAACCUGGAACUUCAAGAGGACAACGCUCGCUUGAGAGAGCGAAUCGCUCGCAUAACACGUCUGCACUCCAGUGUUCCUGACAGCUCCUCUGACGUUCUGGAGGAGGAGAACCGUAGCCUGAGGAGCCAGCUGGAGGAGUCCCGGCGCAUCGUGUCACGUCUUGGGCAGGAGAAGGACGAGGUCAGCCGGCGGCUGGAGGAGAGGGAGAGAGAGAGAGAAGCUCUGAGACGCGGCAAGAUCGACCUGGAGGAGCAGAAAAGACUGCUGGACCGAUCGCUGGAGAAGAUCAAUAAGGAGAUGGAAACUAUGAUGGGAGAUUCACGUCAGUCUGUACAGGUUCUUCAGUCUCAGUUGGAUGAGUUCAAAGAUCGUUCUCGCCGAGAGCUCCUGGACGCUCAGAGACUCGGUAAAGACCGACUAACCGAGCUACAGAGAUCUCAGGCCCUUCUCAAAACCACUCAGGAGGAGGUGUCUCGUCUGAAGAAAGAUCUGUUAUCAUGCUCCGAGGAGAGAGACAGCGCUCAGCUGGAUAAAGAGCUGCUGAGCAGCCGUCUCAAGAACCUGGAGAGCGAGAUGGAGACCAAGAGAAGCUCACACACAGAUCACAGCAGGGAGCUCCGCCAGAUGGAGGACAAAGUGAAAACAUUAGAGAUCGAACUGGAUGAGGAGAGAAGUGGAACAGAUUUAAUGAAUGAACGCAUCACUCGAAGCCGGGAGCAGGUGGAUCAGCUCCGCUCUGAACUGAUGCAGGAACGUUCAGCAAGACACGACCUUGAGAUGGAUAAAAGUGCCUUAGAGAGACAGGUGAAGGAGUUUAAGUCUCGUUUGGCUGAUUUGGGCACUCAGACUCGACCUUCCGCUGGAGUCACGCUGUUAGAAAACAAAGUUCAGGAGCUGGAGGACAGAUUGUGCAGUGAAGAGAGAGAGAAAAACACAAUUCUGGCGUCUCAGAAGAGAUUGGACAGAAAGCUUAAGGAUGUGACCACAACCCUGGACCAGGAGCGAAAUCAACACGCUGAACAGAGAGACCAGCUGUCUCUGCGGGUGAAGGCUCUGAAGCGUCAGGUGGAUGAGAGCGAGGGGGAGGUGGAGCGUCUGGAGGGCAUCAGACGGAAGGUUCUGCGAGAGCUCGAGGAGCAUCGGGAGCUGCAGGAGGUUCUGCAGACCAAAGUGAACACGCUGGAGAACGAGCUUAAGAGGAAAGUCCAGGCCCGACGCCCAACUUUGGGGUCCACGCUGAGUUCUGAAGAGGAAGACGGUUACUCGGAGUCAAAGAGCAUCACAUCUCUCCUGACUGAAACACCACUCCAGACCACCAACUGUUAGCAACAGAAAGAGAAAAAAUGAUGCACAUUAUUGUUUUCUAGUAAAUGACGAAAGAGACAUGAAAGACUGCUGCUCUUUAUUUAUAUUAAAAAGAGUGAUAAAACAUAAGUGAUUUCGGCACAACAUGAAUGUAAACGGUGAAAAACUGUUGCGGGCUGUCCUACAGGUGUCAUGUCUGUUUUUGAUACUGACAACAGGUCAGUGGUUAAGUAGCUAGACCCCAAAAAGUGUUACAGAUGAAAAGCAGUCUGUGAAGAUUUGUCAACCUUUUUCCUCCAUUAGAAUUGUUUUUGUUUAUGUUUUUGCUCUGUUUAUGAGUGUAAUGAUAUGUUUGUUUUAAGAUGUCAUUCAUUUUUUUUGUAUUGCUGAAUUUUCCAGUUGUUUGUAGUGAACAUUUAUGAAGGAUUUUAAUUACAUACAUUGUGGAAUGUAUAAACAUACAAAGUAAAAAAUGGUGCAGAUUCACAAAUGGUACUUUAAUUUUUUCGAUUUUUUUUGUUUAUUCUAAAGCCUAAACUAAAUUUCAGGUUGAUUGACAGCUUCACUUCCAUUCCUAAGAAUGUCUCUUGUGUUCCAGAGAAGAAAGUCUGAGUUUGGAAUGGUGUUCAGUAAAUGAUGACGGGGUUGUCAAUUUUGUUUGCACACUAUAAUGAAGGACUUCCACAGAACUAAACUUCUGAAUAAAACUUGUAUAUUAUGUCGUAAUGUAUGCAAAUCACUUAAUUAAUGGCAACUUUAGUUUUUGUGCCAAGACAAAAAAAGGAAAAUAUUUUGAAGUAAUGGCUUUGAAAUUAAUCAAAAUUGCCUUAAAUUUUCAGACAUUUAAACUGCUAUUAAAAACCCUAAGCUGCUUUUUGAGAGAUUUAUAUGUAUAUUCAGAUUGACCAGAAUCUAAAUAAACCUGUACGAAAUGUAUUUUUUAUCUCUUUAUAGGAACGUUUUGGAAGACAUAUUUCUUUAUGCUAUAUUGGAUUUAUAUACUGCCUUGUUACAUAAAGUCUGUUAUUCUUAAAACUGAUGUCAGUUUUUCUUAUUUUGGUUUUAGACCUCUUCUCUAUCUUUUCUGCACACAUAUUUG